CUGCCUGUGCUUUGCACAUGCUCUAACAGAAACUCCGGUCCGGUGACUUCAUCCCUCAUUCACGAAAGCUUCCCCUCCUCCUCCUUCCCUCUCUCUCUCUCUCCGGCAGCAUGCCAGCCGUUUUCCUCUUGCUGCGCUCUCUGGUUGUCAGUCUCCUCAGUAGCAGAUUAGCAGCCUCUGCCACACAGCUCCUUCGCAGAAGCCUGACGGCGGCUGCUGGCCACCUUGGCACCGUGCUGCGCCACGUCUGGGAGCGGAUCAGUUUCCAGGAGUCCAAGGAGGCCAUCCUGGGCUGCGUCCUGUGCAUUCUAAACAUGCACAAGAAGGUGGACAACUAAAUUCGAGAAGAACGAGUAUAGCUUGGACUUUUUAAUUUGUGAUUUAGAACGAACCAUGUCGGAGAGCAUCGCGAGGAAAAUCCAGCCGUUCACCAUCGGGACCAAACUCUCGGCGCCGGCCGUGCCAAAGUGCUCGGACUUUCCCGAUGGUUUUCUUCCGAAUCGGACGUUCUCGGAUAACUGCAAACUGAGGCACCUGAACGAACAGGUGUCUCUUUAUCUCGGCCGCGACAGGCACUGCGGACCUGCGGCGAAGAAUCGGCGCGAAGAGACGUCCGACGACCACCUGAACCGAAACACAGUCACCCCACCGAACACUGCGUCCAGGUCCAUUCGUAAGAUCACCAUCUCCAGCCGAAUGGAGGCUGCGAAAGACAGACUGACUCCAGGGAUGGAGCUGAAGAAAAUAAGAGCAAACUCGGAGAAUAUUAAUAACAAUAACAACAUCACAUCCGCCAACAUGCAGCUGCCUAAAAUAGUGGGUGUCAGCUAUGAGAAUAAACCCAGCUCACAGUUCAAGGUGUUGCUGUGCAGUGGUGACAAAGAGAAAUUCACUUCUUCUCCACAGACCCAGAUACUCAAAACCCAAGCAAGAAAGGAUGUGGUGGACAGUCUGUCCUGCGAGCAUAAGGACGUGUGCUUGGUUUCAAAAGUCUCAUCGGUGCAAAAUGAGCACAGUUUUACCCAUCAAAACACCAUCUUCAAUAAAGAGAUCACUCGGGCAGAGACAUGGAUCCGAGUGAAGCUGCGAGACCUGAGGAACGCCAGUAACGUCCAUAGAUGUCCUCUGACUGACUGGGAGGAACUUUGUCAAACCCUCCAGAGAGAUUUGAAGGACUUUGAGAACACCGUCAUACAACUCAACCAGAUGGGAGAGCAAUUAAUGUGCAAGCUUAACCCGACGUCUGACCUGGUGAAGAAACAGCUGGCUCAGAUCCGCGACCAGUGGAACGCGCUCAAACAGACGGCAGCCAAUCAAAUCAAGGCGAUGGGCGGGGCUAAGACUCUCCAGGAGUUUAAUAAGAAGGUGGACCGUCUGGAGGUGUGGAUCAAAGAAAAGGAGCAGGAACAAUCGCUGGCCAACAUCCUUGGGGAAAACACUGACAAGAUGCAGCUUACCAGGAAGAUACUGGAUUUGAAACAGGAUGAGCAGCUAUAUCAUAAUCUUCAUGAGGAGAUCAAUCAUAUGGCCCUCAGACUGGAAAAACAGGAGAAGACUGAAGGAAAGACCAUCUCAACCCACAGGAAACACAUCAACAAAAUGUGGCUGAAGGCUCAGUCGCACUUGAAGGAAUAUCACGAGAAUCUUCAGCUUGCCCUCGUAGUCUCGUCCUUCUACCAGCAGGCCGAUAACAUUGUCUGUUCCAUCAGCAACAUGAGAAAAAGCCUCUCAGCAAGCAACGGAGUGGAAAACGCCAGAGAUGGGGAAAUUCGGGACAUUGCCAGUCAACUCAUGAUGCUGGAUGUGAGCGUUUCCCAGCUCUCCAACCUGCACCCAGCGCUGGUGGCCCGCGUCGCACAGAAGCAGAGCGAGGUGAAAGACUGCUGGGCCGUCCUCCGGAAGACUCUCAGGAACGAAAAGGCAGCUCAGCUCCCCUCCACCUCCUUGUUAACCAGGGACAGCAGUGACCCUGAAACCCCGAGCCAAGAGCCACCCGGCAGCGUGGGAACAGACCCACACAGGAUUAUGGGAAAGGAGGUUAAAGAGGAACAAAAUCGUCUGAAGGGGUUUACGGCCGGGAGAGACACCGAGCACUGCAGGAAGCCCUCAGACAGCUGGGAUGCAGGAGAGAUGGCAGCCCUCAAACUCCACACGGCCGCUGAAAGCGGGAACGCGCCGAGGCCCGAGUCCAGUGGCCACACACCGCUCCACACGCAACUCCAGAAGUUCACCGUUUCUGCAGACAAGACUCUCUCCUGGCUCAAAGACAGUGUUGCGAUGGCCACUCAGAUCUGCAGUUUGGCCGGACCGAACGGUUUUGAAGCAGCCAAGAGGCAUCAGGCCUCACUGGAACAGGAUAUCCUGUCCAACAGAGCCAGGAUAGAGCUGGUCAAGAAGGAGGGUUACAGUCUGGUGAGGGCUCAGCAUCCGGGCAGCAUCAAGAUCCAGGAGUUUCUGAGUCAGCUGGAGGUUCUGUGGGACGAGCUGAAGAGAAGGCAUGAGAGGAACGGUCUGGUCCUGAAGGUCUCAGAGGAGCUCAACUAUAGGGUGGUGCGGAUGCUGCAGUCUCUGGCCAGUCUGGAGGCGUGGUUGGAGGCGGUGGAGCUGUCCAUCAGGCAGACAUCUCUGGCUGGAGACCCCGAGUCCGUGAGCGUGGCGGAGCAAGAGAGCUGCCAGCUGGAGCAGGAGCUCGAGGCCAGACGUCUGGAGCUGCAGAACCUCAGACAGGAAGUAGAUCAUCUGAGCAGUCAAAGACAUCUUCACACUCCGCUGCUUCCUGCACGGCUGAAGGACGUGGAAAUGAAGUUCAGCAGUGUGCAGAUGACACGUGAACGUCAUGCCAUGGUGUCAGCGCACGUGGAGCAGUGUCUGCAGCGCUGUGCGGAGCUCGCUGUAGAUGUGCUGGAGAUUGAAAGUGAGAUGGCUGUGAGAUGUGAGCCGGAUCGCUGUGGUCUGGAUGACCUGCAGGAGUACCAGGACCAGCUGGAGGCUGAAUACGGGGUCUUGAAGGAGGAGGUCAAGGCCAUGGCGAGUCUAGCGAGCUGUUUGUCAGACAUGUGUCCGGAGAGGAUGAACGCUGUAGGGACUGAGAUUCAGACCAGCCUGAACGCCUGGGACGAGCUCGGCAAAAGUGUGGCCGAAAACAAGAAGAGGCUCCUGCAGUUUGGACACCUGCGCCAUUUCUUUAGGAACUACCUGGCAAUGAUCUCUUGGACAGAAGACACCCGCUCCUGCAUUUUCUCAGAAAGCGCUCUGCGUCAAAGCCGAGAGAACCAGGAGCCUCUGGUUGAGGUUCUGGAUCGGCAGAUAGAGCAGAAGUUCGAGGAGUUUGAUCAGCUCGCCGUGGCUGGAAAAAACCUCUUUGAUGACGAGCAUCACCUCAACACAAUGAUCAGAGAGAGGAUGGAGGAGCUGAGGAGCAUGCUGGGAUGGAUCCUGGUCCACUGGAGGGCUCAGAAGGAUCAGCUGUUGAGCAGACAGAAGGCUGAAGAAGCUCAAGCUGACGCUAUUUACUCCGAGGCCAUGGUCUGCAGCCCACAAACACAGGUGGAAACCUCAUCAGAGGUCUCUCAGAAGACAACAGAAAGCCUCACAAGUGCUCCCCCUGGUGACACGGAGGAUGGUUUGCAGCACAGUUAUGGAUAUGAGGUGAUGCAAAGUGUCAGUCCAAAAGGAAGCAAUGACAGCGGUCAUUUAGAGAGGCCGGAUUCACCAUACCUGGUGCUAAAGGAACCCAGUCCCUCAGCUUUAGGAGGCACAGUCAACCUCAUCCUCAGCUUCAGUAACUCUGGAGACACACAAAUCCAGGUACAGGCGCCUGGCAGGGAAGGUGGUGUGCCGGUGCCCGAACCUGUGCACAGGCCUGCUGAGUCUCACUCUUCUGCCUGUAAAGGCUUUUGGAAGCGCUGCCAGGGGCUUUCUGGUAGUUUAAAGCGAAAGACAAAGAUUUAUCGACACAGUGCAGAAGAGGUAAGUACUUACUUGCAUGUUACGGAAAACAACACGGCAGUGUAUGAGAGUAUGGCGCUUCCCCAAGACAAAGCUCCAAGGCCCUCCUCCUCCUCUCCCAGGACCUCCCUGUAUGCUCUCUCCUCUCCUUGCACCUCCCCAUACUCCUCGUCCUCCAUCGAAGACACACUUCAGCAGGCCAACAGCCUGCUGCCAAAGAAUGGCAACAUCUCAAUCUUUAGCAGCCUGAAGAGGAAGGGCAAGAAGGCCAAGAAGAAGAAAGAUGACCGUAGACACACCAUUCAGAAGAUCAUGGGAGAGGAUCUGUCAGAGGAGGCUGAUUUGCCACCUGUACGUGAACCGGUGACAUACGAUACACAUACUUGGCCCCUGAAGGAAAGGAAGAAGCAGAAAAAUGCAAGGAAACCAAACAGCGAUGGGACUCAGGUCUUGGACUACAUAAAGAACCCUUUAGUGAAAGACAUAGAUGCAGAAUGUUCUGGAGAGGUUGGAUCUCCAGUUCACAGCACCUUAGAGGUUGCCACCCAAGGACAUGUGAAGAACCACUGCAGAUUUCUGUCCUUGGGCUCUGUGUUAAGCUUCGACCUGCCCAAGGAUAUGAGCCUUAUCCCUAGCAUUCAAGAUGUAAUCACAAUUGGCCCUCCUGAGCAAAAGAAGACAGACUCUCAUCACCAGGACGCUCAGGUUGAUCGUUCGACAGCUCUGAGCACCUUUAAAACGGUCCGCUCUCGUCCAAUGCAAAAAGAAGAGCGCAAACAAAUUUCUCCAGCUGAAGUAACCCUUAAGAUUGAUUGUAAAGACUCCAAAAAGAUCAGCAUUGACACGGUUUCAUUUACUGAAGAUGAAUAUCCUCCUCCACCUUCUCCAGUUGUUGAAGACAUCUCAUUUGAGGAGAAUCAUCCCUCAUCACUCAGUGAUCUGACCAAUAUUCAACAGAAACAUCUGUCUGGGAUCAGUAUAGUGCCCAAAGAAGAGGUGGUUAGUUGGAACGCAAAUGCAACUCAACUUGAGAACCACUAUGUAAGUCCUCCAGAAGAUGCAAUCCAAGGUAUAGCCAACCACUGCUCAAAUAUGGCAGAGAUUCAUGUAUGUCCUAGCGUCCAUACCUUGGUUCACAAUCUUAAUGGACACGUGUUCCAUAGGCCAGCAAAGAACUCCAGAACUCAACAGUUAAGUCCCAGCCAUGCAUCUCAUGUAGUGUUGAACUUCAGAGCCAAUGGAAGAGAGGACUCAGUGGACUCUGGUCACUCCAGCUCUGGAAGCUUCAAGUUAUGUGCUGAGGGUCCAUACGUAGACUCCUCAGAUUGUCCAGUGCCCAAGAGAACCAUUGGGAAGGUACCAUCCCUGGAUGCAGGAGUGUCCAACAAGAACUUUGAGUUCUCCAAGGACAAGAGCAUUACCUUAUCUAUCGACAUUGAUGAUCCAGUUCAUCCUGACCAUCAACAGUUUGAGCAGGAAGAGGAGGAGCUGGAGGACAUCUGGAACCACACCAACAGCUACCGAGAGAGUCUAAACUCUGACAUCAUGUAUAAUGGCUACCAGGCCACCUCUUCUCUAGACCAGCACAGGGAACCCUCACCCAAAGAACAAGCAGUGCUCUUCAGGAAGUUGGUCACAGCCUCUGCACCCAACCUUCUUGUGGCGGAGUUCAGACUGCCACCGUCUGUCCAGACUAUGGUGGGUUCUGGGAAGCAGCAUAACCCAAGGGAAGAAAGGCAAAUUCUGGAUAAAGGAGACAGAAGGUCUUGGGCUGCGUUCACUCAACAGGAACAGGUUUACAAACAAGUGGCUGUUAAUGAAACGGCUUCAGAUAUGGUGAAACUACCUGAAAUACAGGACCAGCAAAAGUAUAUCUACCAUUAUAGAGAGGAGGAGGAGGAGGAGGAGGAGGAGAAGGAAACAGGUUUUCUGAAGGACCAAUCCAUGAGCCUCCUGUCUGUUCAUAUGGGAUUGGAUGGGACCAAUGACAAUGAUAUCCAGAGUGGAAGACAAGAACUGGAACUGCCAUCUAUGGAAGGUACACUGGAGAGGAAACACAAACUACAACUGGGUGGAAAGAAGGCACCAUGCAGGGCGUGGAACUCCUAUCAUGCUGUGCUAUACAAACAAACGAUAUGUUUCUAUCAGGACAGGAAAGAUACACUCAAGAGCUGUCUGACCAGCCAUCCUCUGAAUCUAAUUGGAGCGGUGUGUGAACCGUCGACAGAGUACACCAAAAAACCCAACUGCUUCUGCUUGAGAUUGCGGGAUGGAUCUGAGUAUCUCCUCAGUGCAUCGUCCCGAUUUAUGAUGAAGAAAUGGAUCCUCAGAAUCCAAGCACACACUGUGUCUAGUGAUUCUGUAGUGAACAGAUCAACAUGUCAUGGGUCUUCAGCUUCAGCGACGCUCCCUAGACAUUCUCCUGCUAUCACCGGCUGUCAGUGUGGAGAUAAAUGUCACUGCUCCAUGAGAAAUUAUGUCACCACCACCGUUUUAGCACAGAGUCAGCCCGCCUCAGGCCGAACCAAAGAGAUCAUAGUUCACACCAGUGACGUUCUGCAGAUCCACCAAAGGCAUCAGGAUCCGUUGCUCCCCUCGUUCUCAGAUGCGGGUCAUUGUGAGGAUGACUCUCAUGGUGAGUCUGUGAGACAGAAACCGUCCUCUAUGUCCACCAUUCAGGGCUGGACCAGCGAAAAGAGACGCUCACACUCCUUUACCUCAGCCACAUAUCAGAGGAUCAAGCCUGUAGCGCCUCCUUCAGGCAAAGGCCAGGACAGCAGCUCCAGCUACUCUGUGACUCUGUUCAUCGGAGAUGGUGAGAUGCCGUCAGUCUGUAAAAGCACAGCGACGGCCUCGCCAAACAGCGUCCGGCAGGAGUCCUUCUCCGAUCUGCCCAUGAGGAGCUACAUGAGCCUCCCGCGACCCCCCAACAAAUCAGUCUUCAGGAAGUUCUUUGGGAAAAAGGAGUGACGGACACUUUCUGUGACACUGCAGGUCAAAGACCCUGACUGACAUGUGCAGGACACAAGUUCAAAACAUUUUUCUUACAUUUAUUUAUGGAUCUGAUGGAGAACCAUUUGUGUAUACUUUUUUUUAAUGAGAUCUUGUAUGAUUGUGUUGUUGCAAGAUGUGUAAUGUUCACUCCUACAACUUCUCACGUCAUCAGCCGUUUUAUAUCGGGCUCAUGGAUGGUUUAGUCAAAAAUUAAAAUCAUUUCAUCAUUUACUCACCAUCGUGUUGUUCCAAACCCAUAUGACUCUUUCUUUAAUGGAACAUUAUGCAUUUAGCUGCACUUUUAUCCAAAGCAAAUAACAAAGAGGAACAAAACAAAUGUUAUCACUGAGCCAAUAUUCAUAAUUUGCAACACCAGCAGGUUUAUUAGACUAUUUAGAAGCAAGCUAGAGAAGAGGAGAAAUGCAGAGAAGAAAAAAGAUGAAAUAUUUAAAGUACAAUGAAGUCUGCCAAGCUCCAAAAAGACAAAAACACACCACAGAAGUAUUAGAACAAUAGUGCUUAUGACUCAUCCACUAUAUACCAAUUGCUCUGAAGUCAUAAAACAGCUUUGUGUGAGAAACAGACCCAAAUUUAAGUCGUUACUCUCUACCCAAACAUUUUAAUAUGAAUGUCCAAAAAUCAAACUUCAUUGAGGGCUGUGGGCCAAAAGUAAAUGCAUUAUAUCCUAGCUAUAUUAUAUUGGUAUAUUAAAUUAUGUAUCAAAUUCAAUUAUAUAAUAUAUUGGUCUAUUAAAUCCAACUAAAUUAUUUUUUUAAGAUUUUAUCUUUGG